UAGUUAAUUUUGUAUGAAUUGUGUACUUUGUCUUCUCCCCAAUGUGCAUUCGCAGCUCUAGGGUUUCUUACCCGUCAGCAAAUCUGAAUCUCCCAAAUUUUGUUCUAUUUGUUUAACUUAACCCUCUUUCACUGUAUUAGUGCUUUGGGGUUAAAGCGCGUACCUUGUUGAGUGAAAGGGAUGAGCCUUUUCCAAUUCCAACGAAGCUACUGAGAAUCCGAGACUUUUCUCCAUGGAAAAUCCGGCUCCGAUUGUACUGGAUAUCAGCUCCGACGAGGAGACGGUUUUCGGUGACGUCUCAAAAGGCUUCGGCGAAUUCGGCUAUAAGGAAGACGGCGAAUGGCUGUCCAGGCUGCUGGUUGAGGUCGGCGGAAACAUAGAUGAUGAUUCCGACGACGUCGUUUUUGUAGGUGAGCUGUUCCCGAACGCCACUAAGAAAUCGAGAUCAGAUUCAGUGAAGGUUGCUAUUGAUGACGGAGAUGAUGACGAUUGUAUGGUUUUGGAUGGCGACCCUGACAAUCCGGUGGUCGCCGUGAAUCAUAAGGAUGACGGUGAUGAUUCCGAUGAUCUCGAGAUUGUUGGGGAGAAGGGUGAGGUGGCGUGCAGGGACUUUCCUCACCCAAGACAUCUCUGUGCUAAGUAUCACUUUGCGACUUAUCGGCAUGAGGUUCAUUGUGGCCAGUGUCACUGUUAUGUGUGUGAUGUAUUGGCUCCAUGUCUCCAUUGGGGCACUGGCUUUAACAGUGCUGACCAUUGCCAUGCUAGUGACAAAGAGGAAUUCUGGAAAUCAGAGCGGAAGCGUGUGAAGAAAAUCGAUAAGCCUGUUGCUAAUCGCAGUACGAUUACUGCUUGUGUAGAAUCGUAUUUCCAAUCAAUUCAAGUGCCGGGAUGUGCUCCAUCACAACCACACUCUUUGCCUCAGAAUCAGGGUGUUAACCCCGGGACAAUUCGUCCUUGUGUUCAGUCAUCCAGUGUUAGUAUGCCGAAUGCCAUGAACCGAGUAAGAAGCCAACCACCUGGACGUGUUGCUUCUAGAUAUAACCCUCUAUCGCCGUUAGCUUCAGUGCGGUCACACUCACAACCUAGAAGUCCUUACACCCUUACUCCAAGGGUUGCUCCUAUGAACAAAAGCCACCCUGUAGGAAGCCAAAUUCCUCAAUCCUCCCAUCGUCCAGUCUUCAAACGUAAUGGGUUGAUUGGGGCUUCCACUAAUAAUAAUAAGCACGCACAUAGGUCUCAACUAUCUGGAGACCCAACUCUAAGCAGGCGCCGGGCGUUGCAGGCUGCUGUCACAGAUGUGCGUCGAAGUCAGGCUACUGUAUUAUCUUCUCGCCCUAACAUGGAUGCUAGGCAUGCAAACUACUCUUCUUCUAAUCCUCGGAUGAACUUGCAGCGACUUCCUAACUACUCUCCUGUUUUCACACCGCACCAAUCUCUGACGCCUUCUCAGCCAUCUGUUAGUGGAACCUCUCUGGGGUCACCACGAUUGCAACCCUACACAUGUACUGAACCAAGAGCAGGAAACAUUAGCAAGUCCGCUGGCCCCGAACCCUAUAUUACAUCUGUUCCUGACAGCCAUGUUCCUUCUCAGACUGUUGAUUCCUGUCACUCGGAUGCUGGCAAUACUUUCCUGGAUCAAUUGCAUUCAAGAUCCACAAUCUCCUCAUGCUCCGGACCGAUUAAUGACUUUGCUCAACCUCAAAAACAAAGUCAUCCUACUUCACCGUUGGCUUAUGGCCAAAAUGAUGUCCAGCAUCAGCAUCUUACUCAAAGUGGUAUGGGUUCAAGUCCAGCAGAUUUUGGCUUCUUUUGUGAUUCCUCUGUCAACCAUGGCAAUAUGCAGAUUCAUGCCGAGAACGGGGCACCAGCUGAGACCUCACAGGUGCAAAAUAUACAAGAUGAUCAGCCAAGCGUAACACCCUUGACCGUGGACAACCCCCCUCAACAGAAUACUGCAUAUACCUCCCCAAUGAAUGAUGAUGUCUGCCAGUUUCCUGAAAGUGGAGGACCUGGCUCGUUCGACUUUCAUCUUCUUGACAGUAGUUGGAUGUUUGAAAAUCAGUCAUUUACAGGAGCUGUGGAAGCUGCUGCUUCACCUAACUGGAAUGUAUACUCACCUGAAACUGCUUUUGCCGAUACAGGUACCUUGUUUGAUAUUUAAAGCUUUCAUGAUGCUGCCCGAAAUAUGCUUGACAGGAAGGAAUCGUGGUUCUGAUUAUGUUAAGUAUUCUGCUCGAUUCUUUUUGCCUUCUCCCUCUGUAAAUUAAGCACAUCAUAUCCCUCGUAUCAAGGUUUUCUGUAUAGUAUUAGUAGGAAGCUUAUCCAUUUCUUUAAUUAUAAAUUAUGUUGUAAUUUUAGUUGGCAGUUUGUUUUCUGGCUACAUGCAUUUUGAUUUUUGACAUUAGAGCUUCAUGCUGCAGGAAGGGAAAAUUGAUGAGCUAUA